AUGGACAUGGAUAUGGACAUGGACAUGGAUGCUAUCCACCACCUUGAGUUCUCUGGACACGGCAGUACCCUCACGAACACCCCUACUUCUUCUGAUGAUGGUUAUGGUUAUAACUGGAACCACUGGUCUCCGAUAGUUAACUGGGACAGCUUUACAGGUACCCCGGAUGACUUUCACCACCUCAUGGACACCAUAAUCGAGGACAGGACAACUGUCCUCCUCGAUCAGUUCAGCCCAACCACGACCACCACAACCACAACUACCGAUGAGGAAGAAGAAACAGAAACAACCACAACUACUACCACAAGCACACCAACGACAACACAAACAACACAAACAGUUGGCGAUGAUUUAAAAGGGCUAAAACUAGUUCACCUAUUGAUGGCUGGCGCGGAAGCCUUAACCGGCUCCACCAAGAGCCGCGACUUAGCUAAAGUGAUAUUGGUUCGGCUCAAGGAAAUGGUUUCACAACACGCCAACGGCUCCAACAUGGAAAGACUCGCCGCUUAUUUCACCGAAGCUCUUCACGGACUACUAGAAGGCGCUGGGGGUGCGCACAACAACCACAACAACAAACAUUACCUCACCACCACCGGGCCCCACGACAACCAAAACGACACACUCGCUGCUUUCCAAUUACUUCAAGACAUGUCUCCUUACGUCAAGUUCGGCCACUUCACAGCCAAUCAGGCCAUACUCGAGUCAGUGGCCCACCAACGCCGCGUCCAUCUCAUCGACUACGACAUCAUGGAAGGGGUCCAAUGGGCUUCACUAAUCCAAGCCCUAGCUUCCACCAACAACAGUCCACACCUCCGGAUCACCGCAUUAUCACGAACCGGAACAGGCCGGAGAUCGAUCGCCACCGUGCAAGAAACUGGCCGCCGUUUAACCUCCUUCGCCGCAUCUCUUGGUCAGCCGUUUUCUUUUCACCACUGCAGGUUAGACUCUGAUGAAACUUUCCGUCCUUCUUCUUUGAAGCUUGUUCGAGGAGAGGCUUUGGUUUUCAACUGCAUGCUCAAUUUGCCUCAUCUUAGUUACCGUGCACCCGACUCGGUUGCUUCGUUUUUAAACGGAGCAAAGACUUUAAACCCGAAGCUUGUGACGUUGGUGGAGGAGGAACAAGGAUCUGUAGUUGGUGGAUUCGUGGAGCGGUUCAUGGACUCUCUUCAUCAUUACUCCGCAGUGUUUGAUUCGUUGGAAGCGGGGUUUCCAAUGCAGAAUCGGGCCAGGGCUUUGGUGGAGCGAGUGUUCUUCGGGCCUCGAAUUGCCGGCUCGCUGGGCCGGAUAUAUAGAACAGGCGGAGAGGAUGAGAGGACGUCGUGGGGAGAGUGGUUAUCUGCGGCGGGGUUUCGAGGAGUUCCGGUAAGCUUUGCGAAUCAUUGCCAAGCGAAACUGCUGUUGGGACUUUUCAAUGAUGGGUAUAAGGUGGAAGAGGUGGGUGCGGGUAGCAAUAAGUUGGUGUUGGAUUGGAAAUCAAGGCGUUUGCUUUCUGCUUCCGUUUGGACUUGCUCUUCAGAAUCUGUUUUAUAG